AUUUCCCUAUACUUAUUAUACUCUUUGCUGCCGACAUACUGGCCAAUCUGUUCGUUGCUGCCGAAACUAAAUUGUCUGAUAAGCAGCUGUCAGUUUUGUGCGCCCGCCAAAGAGUUGCAGUAAAUGUUGCGGCGCCCCAUUAUUCCGGCUCCCGUGCACGUCCCCGUGUGAACCAUGUUCUGGCUGGCCAACCCCAUCAGCAUCAACAACUACUAUGAGUUCCGGCAGUUUGAGAACAUUCUGUUCGAAAAAUAACGGCCAAUUUAUGUCAUUGUAUGACACACGCCGCACACGCGCCAUUUUGUAAGUAACGUCUUGUAAGCAACAUCUUCAAGAUUCGCAGUGCGGAUAAAAUUACACGAGUGCCUGUAAGCAGCUGUAUGUAGCUUGCUAGGCAUGCUGGUGCAGCUGGUGGCGAGCGUGAUGAUCGUGGCGGGGCUGGCGCCGUGCGUGCUGCAGCGCGCCUGCCCCGCGCACCGCCCGCGCCCGCCCUCCACCGUCUGCAUGCACCGCAUCCCCUCCAUCAAACCCGAGCGCCUGGUCCGGUGUGAAGACAGAAGACCGAGUAACAUGAAGAGAAAGAGGAUCGCUUUAUAAACUGGACACUAAAUUCUUGUCUCCUUGGGUAUUAUUUGCUUCUUGACGAAUUUUGAAUUUUUGGAUGUUUAACUAUUUCAGUUUGAAGGAUUUCUAUUUAUUACAAGUAACAGAAGAUAGGGUUGGUCAUCUUAGUUCCAAGGUAUAGGGUUUGUGAAAAUAUCUCGAUCGAGUGUUCGUGUGUGGGUAUCGUUGUCGCUUGGCGUAGCGCGGUAGCGGGCGCGUGCGAUGCGCGUGUGCAUAAAUGAGCGGGCGCGGCGUUGCGCGCGCGAGUGGUCCUGCAAGCGCUGCUGCGGGUGCCGCUGGUUGGUGUGUUGCUGCAUGUGCCAGUGCGCCUGUGUCCGCCGGGAGCCGCCCGACCCGACGCUCACAUGACUUGCUCCCAGGCGCUGGCGCUGCUCGCGCUCGUUGCCAUCUCGCAACAGGCAACAACAGGAUGCAAAAAUUGUAUAAUGCUGGGUAAGGAGGAGAAGGCGAUGUUCCGCGCGCACUCGGACGCGUGCGUGGCGGCGUCGCGCGUGGAGCCGCGCCUCGUGGACGCCAUGCUGGCGGGCGAGCUGCUGGACGAGCCGGCGCUGCGCAGGCACGUCUACUGCGUGCUGCUCAAGUGCAAGCUCAUCAGCAAGGACGGCAAGCUGCAGAAGGCCGCCGUGCUCGGCAAGAUGGCGGCGCGACCUGACGCCAAAAACGCUACCAAGGUUCUAGAGAGCUGUGCAGACCAGACGGGCGACACUCCUGAAGACCUGGCGUGGAACCUGUUCCGCUGUGGCUACGACAAGAAGGCGCUGCUGUUCGACUACAUGCCCACUAACGUCGCCAGCGAGACUGACAACAACUCCUAACUAGUUCGUCGUGCUCUCCAGAGGUGGCGCUGUUAAUAAUUAGCUUUAUUGUUUAUAUUUAGUUCAGAGAUAUCACUAUGUAACAUUUGUUUCAGUUCAUGAAUAUACCUUAUACCUUCGAACCAUGUCUCCAAAAUAUUUUCUUUAUCGACAUUAUACCCUUGCAAAGUUAUAUGUGUCAUUAUAUCUUAACUAACUACAGG